AUGGAAACAUUUAAGGAGAGAAUUGGCGGAAUCGGCCUAAGUCGAAGUGACUCGCGAACACUUUUUCGAGAAACAGCUUUUCGUGUGAAGUAUCUGGGAUUUUGUUUUAAUUCGUGUCCAGGGAUAGAGGGAAUUCAAACUGCCGUGGAUGAAAUUAAGAAAACGGGAGGCCACUGCGAUUACAGAAACACAAUUCAGACGAACUUCAUCAAAAUUAGCGACCAAGGUGUUAGUUUUGUGGAGCGCAAACGCGAAAAAGAUGUUUCCUUGGCAUUUAUACCUCUGCGGAAGAUUUCGUAUGGGCUGAUUUACAAAAAAGAUUCCAACAUUUUCGCGUUUAAUCACCAUGUCUCACAAAACCACGUCGAAUGCCACGCGGUUGUCUGUGAAAAUGAGCUAAAAGCUCGAGAGAUAAACGAAGCAUUGUACGCAGCCUUCAAAACGGACCAUUUUGGAAUUCUUCGGAAAGAAAGAGAGAAAAUGAGAGAAUGCUUAAAAGAAGACGAUGUAGAUGCACUAAAAAGUGAAAUAUCCAACUGAAAUCAAUCUCGAUUGAAGUUGGACUAAAGCCAUUACUUCACAGAAACACUAUACAUUGUAAAUUACUAAGUAUAACACAGAAACUUUUACAUUUAAAAUUUGAGCAAUUUUCAUACAUUAAUUAGAUAAAAAAAUUUCUGCACAUUUCUAGUUGAAGUAAAGUCUCAAAUGAAAUCUUUAGUAUAAAAUGCAUUGCAAUAGAAAAUAUUUUGUAAAGAUUUUAAAUUAACAAUGGCUUCAAGAGUGCAGCUUUCGUACAUAAUUAUCAGGGAAUACUAGUUCUAUACCAGUUCUACUUCUGGAAAUAAAUGUCCACACGUUGUACAACAAUAGACUCUGACACCGAAAAGUUAUUCUAGACUAAAUUUCUAAAAUAAUAUUUAUAAUAAGUUUGACUUCCAAAAGUAUUUUUCAAGAACCUUUUCUAUUUUAAGUGUAAAUAAGUCGAAAAGCUUGGAGAUAGUUUAAGAUAUCAGUAUUGUGAGUCGCAAUUAUUAGAUUUAGAAGCCCACAAUGCUAGACUGAAAAGGACUUGAAAUUGUCCUAUUUUUUUGUCUAAUUCAAGAUAUUGAACAUGAAAUGUUUAUAUUAGUCUCCGCGAGAAAUGAAAGUUAAAGGUUUUCACUUAGCUAACGCUGAACUAGAGUUUUCCUGACAGGUGCAUGGCUAAAAUUAGAACCUAAUUGCUACCUGCUAUUGUCUUUAAAUAAAGAUUAAGUGUUCCCUACUUAAAGAGCUUUUUCGUUUUUCCUGUGUCAAUCUGCCGAUAACGAAGCUAAUUAAGCUAAGUGUUUUUUUUUUUCUGACGAAUAGAAAAAGUAUGGAAGAAUUUGCUGAGAAAUCCUAGUAGGAAUGUUUUGCGUUUUUGGUCGAACAUUAAAAGUUUCUUGUUUUCGACAUAAAAAAAUUAGCAUUUACGAUUAAACUUAACACAGCAGGAUCUUUUUUAAAAGACGUUUUGAGGAGUCGAGGGAGAAUAUAACAUACCUUGUUUAGUGUAACGGUGUUCAUAUUUGGAAUAUUCCUGGAACUAUAUCACGUGGCCGAAGCCGAUCUUCACUGUCCUGGGAACUAGACAUAGAGCUUGGCGUAUUCAUUUACAUCAAGUGACUAACACGUGACCAGGAUGUCUAAAGGGCGCCGUUCUAUUUGUCAGAAUUGACGGGCCAGUUCAUUCCAGUCAUAAUAAGAAUUUCACUUUUAAUCAAAGCUAUUCAAUCUGAUCAGUCAGAUCCUAAAUAGCAUGCACGAAGGAAAUGGUGUUUCAACAAAAACUCUUGGAAAAAAAUCAUUUUGUAUUGUCAAAUGACUGGUCCGGCUAUGGCCCGGCCGGCCAGUUCUGACUUUUUGAAAGCACCCUAAGUGUCUGGCUAGGAUGAAUAGCCUUUUCCAUAAAUGACUUAUCUGAUGUAGGCAGCUACGGGCAGAUUUGAGUUUAAGUAAUGUUUAGUUUACCAACAAACAACUCUAAUUCGUAACACCUCCGAAGACUCAAACUAAUCAACCUUUCUUUCUUAUACCAGACUUAUUUAAGCAAUCGCGGAAAUCGUCCUGUAGAUAUUGCAACGACGAAGACCUGAUACCUGAAUAGUUACUUAUUUGGUUAAGUAAAUUCAUAUCGGAUCGGAAAUGGCUGCUCGCUGACUAAGACGAUUCUGGAAGUACUUGUCGUUUGUGGUCAAGCGUUAAUGAACAAAUUAGCACUGAAUACGAUUUUUAAUUAAGUUAGUAUAGGCCCUUUGUAUUUCGGCCUCACGUAUUAUAGGCCUAAAAGGGAAACGUUUCCUCUGUCAUGGGAAAAAGCCGAAUAAAAAAAGGAAAUGAACAAUGAAGUGAACUCCUACACGCCUAGAAGUUUUCUUCGCUUAUCUCUGUAUAUUUCUUUUUUCUUUUAUUGACGUCAGGUAAACUUCUUGCAUAACUCAAGUAAUAUGGUAUCUUUUCAGUUCAAGAAUGUUGAAAAUGAUUGCCUCUAGCCGUUCGCGCAAUGAAUUUCCGUCAACAUUUUACUCAAGCCUAGAACUGCACGAACAGCACCAAGCUAAUUAAAUUGCUGCCAAAUAAUUGUUCUUUAAAAGGUUAUCGUUUUAACUGGUUUCACACUGAUCCGCAGUCAAAAGCAUAGAACCACUUUGUACAGCAUAAUCAACAGUAUCUUAGGAAAGAACAGUUCAGUAGCUUUUAUUAGGAUUUCAUCCACAGACUCAAAAUUUGGAACCACCUUGUACAGCGUAAUAACCAACACCACAAUAAAGUACUGCUCAGUAGCUUUCAUUUAAAUGGCACGUUAUACUUAAAGAUUAUAUCCACAAACUCCAAAAGUUAAAACCACCUUCAAGCGGCAGUAUAAGGACAAACUGUACCACAGGAAAGUACUGCUCAGUAGCUUUCAUCUGAAUGCACACAUACAACGACUAAAAUAUUGGAGGAAAUACACUGUAAUUCUCCUUAAAAUAACUUCUGGAUUGCCGGCAAGGGUGAAUUAACGCAGCUUUUUUUAACGCUCUAGGUUGUUAAAAUUGCCAAUUUAAAUUAGCCCUCCGAAAGCAAAAAGUGUGCCUUUGUUCUUAUACUGCGGUUUACUUAUACAUGAUGUUACAACCAGUGCUUAGAAUUAAGGACAAUUAAGGCCAAUUUAACUCUCUCAAUAGCCAACAUAUCAAGUUUGACAAUUUAGUUUAAUUGUAUAGGUUUUUUCUAAGUGAAAAUAUUGAAAAAGUUGACGCUCGCUAAUAUAACAAUAAUAACAAAGAAAUAGCGAUGAACGCUAAACGCGUGAAUUAAGGGAAAAUUGUCGCCUUGAUUUGAAAAAGACAACAGAACUCCGAAGAAUUGUGAAAAGCAGGUGAAGUUUUGCUGAAGGUGUAAAAAAAAAACUACAUUUGCCGAAACACAAUUUAUUUUAGUUUUUAAGGAGUCGCUUGUGUCAGACUUAAAGCAAGCGUUGUUCGCUAUGUGUUCGAUGUUCGGAAGUUCCACGCUUCAGGAACACUGAGCGAAUUUGCAUUUCAAUGGGUUUUGUCGGUCGAUAUUAGCAGGUGAAUAUUGUCAAUAUUGUAUACAAUCCAAUCAGGGCUUUAGUACCUCGAGGAUCUAAAAAAGAAAGGGAAAUUCACGCAGUGAUAAACAUAGGCAAGGAUAAAAGGGGUACUUCAAGGCACUGCGGAGUUAGUUACCCCACUAAAAACCUCGUCUCCAGCAGAAGCGGACUGAGAUCUUUAUAUGUGUACGCGUGUUGCAAGAGAGAGUCAUUCCAUUGAUACAUCUUUAAUCAUGCUUAAGGGCAAAUUCGGCAAGGCUGAUUUAACAUCUGCUACCCGUUUUCAAGUGAAAUAUCUUGGUAGUGGAUUCACCCACGAGCCCGGUGUAGCAGGCAUCGAGAAUGCUGUACGUAGGAUUCAAGAUGAAGCAAAAUUUGACGAGAAAUCAUGGCCUAAAAUGUUCUUGCAUGUUGAGGCUGAAGGAGUGAAACUCGAGGAAGUCAAGCAAACCAAAUCUUCAUCGAAAGAAUCAAAGUUUAUUUCACUGGAAAAUAUUUCUUAUUGUACUUUAAACAGAAUUGAUACUACUAUUUUUGCUUUCAAUCACCACAAGAGUCCUACAGUGGUCGAAUGUCAUGCCGUAGCUUGUGAAAACGAAGAUAAAGCGAAGGCUAUUGCACUGGCUUUAUAUGCAGCCUUCCGCGAAGGCCAUUUUCAAAAGCUUAGAAGAGAGAGAAGAAAGUCCUUUGAACAGAAAAACUUCGUGCGAAAAGCAAGCUUGGAAAACUGGGAACGAAGUAGCUCUAGCAGUUCUUCUCCUGCUACAAGUCCAACGCAAGAAUUAUCUCCAAAUUUCGAGAAUUCUGCAAAGUCAGCAGAUGAAUCCGUCUUCGAAGUAAAACAUUUUAAGUCAACUCGAGAUAGACUGUCUUCAGUGGAGUAUGACGAUCAAGAACUUGAACUGGAUAAAAUUAUCGAGGAUCUCUUACUGACUGUGGAGAUAGAAAUGGCAAAAAUUGAACAAACUGUUGAUUAA